CCUCUUGUUCUGUUUGCGGCGCAAGCGCAGAAUGUUAGCUAGAAGAAGCAUCUUUGAAUAAUUUUGGGUAACUUGAUCAACAAGUCUCAGACCAUGAACUACGUGGGUCAGCUGGCGGAGACGGUGUUUGUGACAGUGAAGGAGCUGUACCGCGGGCUCAACCCCGCCACACUCACCGGGGGGAUUGAUGUCAUUGUGGUGCGCCAGCCUGAUGGUUCACUCCAGUGCUCCCCCUUCCAUGUGCGUUUUGGGAAAUUAGGGGUGCUUCGGUCCAAGGAGAAAGUGGUGGACAUCGAGAUCAAUGGGGAACCCGUUCAGUUGCACAUGAAGCUAGGGGACAAUGGAGAAGCUUUCUUUGUGGAGGAAAAUGAGGAUUUGGAGUCCAGAGUGCCAGCACACCUCUGCACCUCCCCAAUCCCUAUGGAAUUCCCAAAGGGAGGCGAGGAGACUGCUGAUGUUCUGGCUAGCGUGGGGGGAAGCUGGCGUCGGAAAAAACGCCGCCGCAAACGCAUGCGCUCAGACACACACUUGUGGGAGGACGGCAGCUCGUCAUCUGAGGAGCGGGAGAGAGAGAGGGAGAGAGAGAGGGAGCAGGCAGACCUGGAGAGCCCUACCAAAGUGCCCACUCUGAGCAUACUAGCCAGUAAGUCGGUGUACUACUCACUGGCUGAGGAGCCAUCUGAAGUGGGUGCGACACAGAGCCGAGACGUUCACCCCCACUCAGAUGGCGAGUGGUCUCCUUCAGAGAGCACUGUGUUCUACAGUCGCCCAUCCUCUCCCAAGAGUGACUCUGAGCUGCUUGUGAAGCAGCAGGAGUCCUCCAGACCACAGAUGCAGUGGAGCUGGGGAGGCUUCCCCAAGUUGGAGAGAACCCCUUCCGAAGUGCAGCGUGCCUCAGGCAGCUCUCACUUCCGCACCAUCCACAGGCAGGACUCUUUCGACACGGACUCCGAGGCCACGGUCAUCUGCAAUCGCAUAGACCGGGUGAUCAUGGUUAGACCCCAACCCAGGAUACUGUCUUCAGAUUCAGAACAUCCGUAUAUCGAAAGGAUCCCUUUCACCCUUGAUGACGGACCUCAGUCCUUCCACUCCAGUACUAAAGAUCCAUCCACAUUAGCAUCAUUAGCAAUGGGUAGCUUAGAUAGGAUCCAGGUGCUUGAACAAACCUGGGUAGAUUAUUCACAGACAGGGCUGAAACUAGUUAAGCAAACCCCAUCCAAUUUAGAGGUUGAGGAGUCCCCGAAUGUCAUUGGAAAAUCAGUUUGUGUUGAGUAUAGUGAGAAUGCUACGAGUCUAGUUACCGAAGAAUGUACCGACAGUAAGGAUGUCAGUCGCCUAUCUGACACUGCUAGCAUAUCCAAUACUGCUUAUUUAGCUAAUGAGACACAAAGAUCGAACACUACCUCUUUAGCAAACGCCAUCAGCUCACCUAGUACUGCUGACUUAGCUAAUGCAGCUAGUUCAGUUAACUCAGAGUCACUCGUUGACAUUGAGAAGUCCGAGCAGCAGAGUGCUUUACUGGAGCUAAACCAUCAAGGGCUCAUGAAAGGAGUUGUUUUGACUGAGGCGGACAGAGGAAAUGAACCCUGCACUGGGGAAUGUGACCAAAACAAGGAAGUGGCAGGGAUCGACAUGACUACCGAGGCCACACUGACCAACCAGACUGCAGAGAGCGUUGGGUUGACCGAGCUGGCCAAUGAAACCGGAGGGGAGGACCAGUCGGUAGAGGGAACCUUAAAAUAUGAACAGCAGGAUAAGACAAAAGGAAAACGCAGCCAGCACCUGGGACCUUCUGACAUCUAUUUGGAUGAUCUGUCUAACCUCAACCCUGAAGCGGCAGCUCUCUACUUCCCUAAAAGUGAGACGGAGGGCUUGCCGCGGCCGGGUCCGGAGCAGGGCUCCACGUCGGGGACCCAGUCCCCGCAGUCUGUGGGCAGCGGGGCCAUGGACAGCGGCACAGAGUAUCUAUCCGACUCCACGUCUGACACCAUGGACGCCAGCAUGUCCCUCUGCGGACGCGUCUCUGACACCAGCCUCAUCAACAAAGAUAAGUUCAUGGAACACAUUGUGACAUAUCAGGAUUUUGUGAACAACCCUGGAAUCAUUGAUGAUCCAAACCUGGUAAUCUGCAUUAACUCAAAGUAUUACAACUGGGCGGUGGCAGCCCCCAUGGUCCUGGCAAUGCAAGCCUUCCAGAAGAACCUGCCAAAGAAAACCAUAGAGGAGCUUGUAAAGGUCAAGAUGCCCAAGAAGUCUGGGCGCUGGUGGUUUUCCUGGAGGAGGAAGGACAUGGACGCCAAUCAGGCCAACUCAAAGCAGAGCCCUGAGGAACCUCAGACAGAAGCCUCCUGCUCUGUGUCUAUUCCUACGACUGUAAAGGCCACUCUCGAUGAUUUGUCCAGCGAUGAGGAGGAGGGUGUUGAAGAAAUUGCGAUUUCCUGUCUGGGUAGACAAGCCAGCCUAUCAACAGAGACCAUGACCACAGCACAGUGCAUCAGCCAGAUGUACAGAAAAUCCCUUCGUCUCACCUCUGAACAGAUCGAGCGGUUGAACCUUCGUGAGGGGGCCAACAAGGUUGUGUUCAGUGUGACCACUCAGUACCAGGGCACAUGUCGCUGUGAGGCUGCCAUCUACCUUUGGAACUGGGAUGACCGUGUUGUCAUCUCCGAUAUUGACGGCACCAUCACCAAAUCUGAUGCCUUGGGACAUAUUCUUCCACAGUUGGGUAAAGACUGGACACAUCAUGGGAUUGCCAAACUCUAUCACAAAAUCCACCAAAAUGGAUACAAGUUCUUGUACUGCUCGGCUAGGGCCAUCGGCAUGGCUGACAUUACCAAGGGCUAUCUGCAGUGGGUGAAUGACAAGGGCACUGUCCUCCCCAAGGGCCCUGUGCUCCUGGCUCCCAGCAGCCUCUUCUCUGCCCUGCACAGAGAGGUGAUAGAGAAGAAACCAGAGGUGUUCAAGAUUGCUUGCCUGACCGACAUCAGGGACCUUUUCAAUCCCCAAAGACAGCCCUUCUAUGCAGCUUUCGGCAACAGGACCAAUGAUGCGUAUGCCUACAAACAGGUGGGUGUUGCUGACACUAGGAUCUUCACUGUGAACCCCAGAGGGGAGCUGAUCCAGGAGAACACAAGAGGGAACAAAUCAUCGUAUGCUCAACUUAGCGAGUUAGUGGAGCACUUCUUCCCGGUGGUCCAUACAGAAGGAUCGUCAUGUUCCUUUGACUGCCCAGAGUUCAGCCACUUCUCCUUCUGGAGAGCCCCUCUCCCUCCACUGGACCUGUCAUCCCUCCUCUAGCUCAACACUCAAGUUCCUGCUCUGUCAAAUAUCUCUUUUUUUCAAGCAACUUCAAGAAUUAAUUAAAAACAAUUGUAUAGGCAA